UUCAUAUCCGAUGUCUCGGGUGUGAAUGCGGCGGAUACAUGCGCGAUGUGUUUCGUAAGGAUUCCGCGUACGAGGCGACAAUCCCCAUGCUUCGCUGUAUCUUGUGAUUUCUCAAUUCCCUCCAUGUUGCGGCGGUACCUUGUCGUUGCUUAAGGCGCCGGUAGUGUCGUAUAUCGCUUUCUGGGUGUACUCCUGCUUUCACGCUAGCGCAGCACAUGCUAAGCGCGGCUCCUCCUCCUUCCCCCAGUCUACUUUUCGGCAGUGGAAAUUCUGGUUACGGUUUAGAAGACAGGGACGAGGCUAGCAGGAGCAGUCGUCUCACCGGCAAAACCGAAGUUAACCGAAUACGGCAAUGUUAACGUUAGCUGUACAAUAGAUAUCACGACUAGUUGAGAAAAGGUUUGCCGUCGUGUUGAAUAUCUCAGCUAAACUACUGUGAAAUACAGCGUUUAGUUCUUUUUUUCGUUCUGGAAAUAUUUCUCUGUAUGCUCUGAGGAAAUGUACACUGGACUCUACUUGGGAAAAUAGGUGUAAUUAUAUUAUUUAUUUACUAGUUAGCUACGAAAGAUACGGCCAAGGUGUUUGUCACUUCGCGAAAACUUUUGGUUUUUUUAAACGGACGCUAUCGACCGGAGAAUCGACCACUGUGAGGCAGCUGAAGUGAGCUUUCUGAGCUGGGCAGUCAGUAGUGCGUGUAAUGCCCAUUGAAGAAAAAUAGAGCAAAAAUAUAGUUUUCGUCUAGCGUGAAAAAAUUAUUUCUUGGCAUCGCGUUUUCGGCGCGAUGCACUGAAGCUUCGCCGCGGAGCAGCAUGGUGUUCGGCGGCGUGGAGUGAAUUAACACACGGAAAACCGGUCCCGCUUCCCCCUGCUCGGCGCUCCAAUGACUCUCGGCAGCAUGACCACCACCGGGCGCUCCGCGGCGGGCCACUUUUGUGCUUGCUGCGGGGCAAAGAUGGUGCCACACUUUUCAAAGGAUGCCAUUGUUUCUCAAAACGAGAUCAACCAACUCAUCAGCGAGAGCUUCCUGACUGUGAAGGGCGCUGCCCUCUUCCUCCCCCGUGGAAAUGGCUCCUCCUCUUCCUCCGUACCCCUCGUCACGCAGCGGCGAAACAAACAUGCAGGUGAUCUACAACAGCACCUGCAGACCAUGUUCACUGUUCUGCGGCCCGAGGACACCAUCCGCCUGGCGGUGCGUCUGGAGAGCGCCUACCCCCAGUGCACGCGCUACAUGGUGGUGGUGUCCACCAACGGCCGGCAGGACACGGAGGAGAGCGUGGUGCUGGGCAUGGACUUCAGCUCCUCAGAAAACACGUGCUCGGUCGGCUUGGUCCUGCCGCUGUGGAGUGACACCCUCAUACACCUGGAUGGAGACGGGGGGUUCAGUGUGUCCACCGUCAACAGAGUGCAUGUGUUCAAACCUGUUUCCGUGCAGGCCAUGUGGUCAGCCCUGCAGUCUUUACACAAGGCCUGCGAGGUGGCGCGCUGCCACAACUACUACCCGGGCAGCCUGUUCCUCACCUGGGUCAGUUACUACCAGAGCCGCGUGUCCUCGGACCAGGCCUGCAUCAACGAGUGGAAUGCCAUGCAGGACGUGCAGUCCCAUCGGGCCGACUCCCCCGUGCUCUUCACCGACGUGCCGACGGAGCGAGAACGCACGGAGCGACUGAUCAAGACCCGACUGAGAGAGAUAAUGAUGCAGAAGGACCUGGAAAACGUCACUUCCAAAGAGAUCCGCACGGAGCUGGAGAUGCAGAUGGUCUGCAACCUGCGGGAGUUCAAAGAGUUCAUCGACAACGAGAUGAUCGUGAUCCUGGGCCAGAUGGACAGCCCCACGGAGAUCUUCGACCACGUCUUCCUGGGUUCGGAGUGGAACGCGUCCAACUUGGAGGAACUUCAGACCAGUGGGGUGAGGUACAUCCUGAAUGUUACGCGGGAAAUCGACAACUUCUUCCCGGGCCUGUUCGAGUACCACAACAUCCGCGUGUACGACGAGGAGGCCACCGACCUGCUAGCUUACUGGAACGACACGUACAAGUUCAUCUCAAAAGCCAAGAAAGCGGGUGUGAAGUGCCUGGUGCACUGCAAGAUGGGCGUGAGCCGGUCGGCCUCCACGGUCAUCGCCUACGCCAUGAAGGAGUACGGCUGGGACCUGGAGCAGGCCUUCGACUACGUCAAGGAGCGGCGCGGCGUCACCAAGCCCAACCCCUCCUUCAUGCGGCAGCUGGAGGAGUACCAGGGCAUCCUGCUGGCCAGUAAACAAAGGCACAACAAGCUGUGGCGCUCCCACUCGGACAGCGACCUGUCCGAGCGUCACGAGCCGCUAUGCAAGACCCCGCACACGCUGGGCCGCUCGGACCCCCACAACAACAACAACAACGCCCCGCCCUCGCUGCAGGACUUCCUGGGCGUGGCCGACCUGCAGGCCCUCACUGCCAACGCCGAGGCCAGCACGGCCGGCACUCUGCUCUCCGACGCCCGCGCGGACCCGCAGACGAACUCGAACCGCCCCGAUCUCCCGGCGCCCAACGGCGUCUGCGGCUCGGAAGAGAACCUCUCUCCCACUCUGCCUCCUCUGGAGGACCUCCCUGCGCUGCCCAGGCCGCAGGCGGCCACCGUGGUGCCCGAAGAGAGAGUGGACAAUUCCUUAUUAACCGUAGCGGUAACCGUGCCGCUUGGGAACCCCCACCCGCCCCCUUCGUUGACUCUCCUGCCCCCCUCUCCCUCCCCAAGUGCUGAACUGAAACUGGAAGCCCCUGAACUACUGCCGUUGAGUGAAGCCCCGUCAGAGCUGUCCGCCUCUGUGCCUGAGGAAAAACCUGAUGCACUGCAGCUGUCCUUGCCCGUACUUGAGCUGACGAGGGGCGCGGAGCCACCCUCUCACGCUGAAGGACCCCACGAGCUGUCCGUGCUGGUGCCUGACCACAGAGGAGGUGGCAUCUCAGAACCUCUGGGGAAACUUGAGCCAAUCAUCCAGCAUAACCCUUCAGAACCUCAUUUGGUGCUGGGACCUCAGACCAACGACGACAACAACAAUCCCAGCGGUGCGGAACUGCAGACUGUUGCAGCCUUACCCGUUGGUGCUGGGUCCGCGGCUCUCAGCGCGGAUAGGAUUGACUUUUUCAGCGCUCGGGAGAAAUUCCUAGGCUUGUCUCAGGAGGGUGCUGCUCACUCGCAUUCUGAACAGGCACUUCCGCAGACGCCUCAGCCUAAGUGUCCGAGCCAGGAGCUGCAGCCGGGGCCCCUGGAGGACCCCAGUGGCACCCCAGCCGCUGAGGAGGGCCAGAGAAAGGGCUCCGCUCAGCCGGAGGAGACGGCAGACAGCAGCUGUGGAGUCAGAGCGGCCCAGAGGGCUCAGCAGGAGAACGGUGUGUGUGUCCGCCACAUCGUCACAGAGCUGGAGUCCAUAUCGCAGACCGCGGCGGGAACGCCGGCAGCCCAGCGGAAGAGGGAGGACGGGGAGGGCGAGGCGGGGGCAGCGGAGGUCCUGCCGGGCUCCCCCUCGCCCCCGUCCCAGCCGGGCUCGCCCUCCACCCCUCCGUGCGAGUGGCCACCGGGGUCCGUGCGCCGUGUCACCAAGCAGCUGGAGCAGCGGCUGAGGCAGGAGCUGGACUGCGCCCCCGCGGCGUCACCGCCCCCCCCCUCCGAACCGCGCCGCCCCCGCCUGCCCACGCUCGGCAGGGAUCGCCCCAAGAGGCGCGCCUCCUCCCCCGAGCACCCCCCCACGGAUCCGGGGGCAGAGGGCGAGGAGGACGAGCGGGGCCGGGUGGAGCAGGACGGGAGGGGCUUCAUCAAAGACACGCAUGCCUCCCCUCACCCCGCCCCCGCCGCCCCCGAGCCCGACCCUUCCGGAAGCUUCCUGAAACUCGAAGGAGUGACAGAACUGGAGACGAACACAGACGGCCCCCCGCACAGCGGGGAUCUGGAGCAGAUCCAGGACACCCUCCGGGAGCUGCAGGCCUUCCUGCACGAGGGGGGGGCCCCGGAGGAGGAGCGGGCCCCCCCGAGCGCCGAGCCAGAGGGGCAGAGGGAGAGGGGCUGGGAGAGCGCGGCCCAGCGGGGGCCGGUGGAGAUGGAGAUCCGGAUCCGCCAGGCGGGCCUGACGCUGCCCUCCCUCAUGAAGCGCUCCGCCUCGCUGGCCAAGCUGGGCUGCCUGGAGCUCAACCCCGACGACCUCAGCGACUGGGACGCAGACUCGCCCCCCCCCCAGUCCCAGCAGCUCGCCUCCCCGCCCCCCUCCCACCCCCACGCCGCUCCCGACGACGCCUCCAAAAAGCAGCGCGUUCUCCCCCUCAGCGGGCCCGGCGCCUCCCCUCCCCCGUCCCCGACCCGUCGCCCCCGGGCGCAGGAGUGCGUCAGGACGGGGGCGCCCUCGCCCCCACCCUCCCUCCCCGCCCAGCGCAGGCGGAGGAGCGGCCCGCAGGACGCUGACCGCUCCCAGGCCCCGCCCCUCGUCUCCGUGGCGACGCGUCAGCAGCACGGCAGGACACACCCCCUGCGCCGGCUCAAGAAACUGGCCGACAAAAGCCAGACGCACAGCUUCCUGUACAGCACCAUGUGACCCCGGCUGCAUAGGGCUGGCGGCGUGUGAGAGACAGGCCCGUGACUGCACACUACCCCACAAACUCCGGCAGCGUCCAGUCCACACUGAAACCGCGCAAAAAAUCACCACAGAAUCAGCACACAUUCAGGUACCAGUGUCCGCACCAGGCGAGAGAGAACCGCCGCAGAACCAGAAGUGACAGCCGACUGUUGCCUUCGCCUUUUUUGACUUUGCUUCUUACUGGUCACGUGCAGUGAGAGAGGCCGUCUUUCAGUGAUGUGAUUGGAUACUUCGGCAACUGUUGCCUCCCCCCUUUCCCCCCUUCUUUCUCAACCCUGACGUGGACUACUUCAUCCGUUCCUGUUGACUUUAAAAAUCGGUCUGUCGCUUGCUUGCAUUUGGUUUGGACGCCCCUAAACUAUUACCGACUGUGUGUGUGUUUGGGAUAGUGUGUCUGUACGGAGUUUUGUUUUGGCCUUUGUGUGGGCCGGUGCAUAUGUGUGCUUAGUGUGUGGGAGUGUGUGUAUGUGAGAGAGAGAGAGAUUGGGACUGUAUGUGUGUUUAGUUGUGUGUAGCUGUGCGUCUAGGACACUGUUUGCUGUAUGGGGCUGUCGAUGUUCGGAGGACAGACUGACCGGGUGCAUUUGUACAUUAAUGCUGUUUCCCCUUCAGGGUUUUUGUAAAAAAUCAAAUGAGCAGAUUAGGGGUCUUGUUUCUCAGACAUGCACUUUACUCUUUUUUUUUUUUUCAUUUUUAUAUGUAUGUUUGUAUCUGGGAAGCAUGUUCACUGUGUGUUGAGGGUAGCCUGUCUGAGUGUGUAAUUUUGUGUGCGCAGUACAUUAACAGA